GAGUGAGUGAAGAGAUGAAUACUCAACAUGAAGUUCAGCAGAUUCAGGAGCAGAUGUAAAUAUGAUAGCCUCCUUGAAGGCCCUGAGGAGACUAAAGUCCAGCUGGAUGAGGUCUACACAGAUAUCCAUGUCACAGAGGGAGUGAGUGAAGAGAUGAAUACUCAACAUGAAGUUCAGCAGAUUCAGGAGCAGACCAAACGUCAUUCAGACAAAGACAAUAUAACCAAGUGCAAUGACAUUAUGAACUCUCCACCUGGUAAAAAAGUCAACACAGUGAUGACCACUGGCAUUGCUGGCAUUGGGAAAUCUGUGUGUGUGCAGAAGUUUGGUCUAGACUGGGCAGAAGGAAGAACCAAUCAGGACAUAGAUUUCAUCUUUGUGCUUCCUUUCCGAGAACUGAGCUUACUUGACUCAGAGCAGUACAGUCUUCCCACACUUUUGUUGUCUUUCUAUCCCGAGCUGACUGAGUUGAAUAAUGUGAAGAUAUAUGGCAACUCAAAGAUUUUGUUUAUCUUCGAUGGUCUAGAUGAAAGCAAACUAGAGUUCAAUUUCCCAUCUACUCAAAAGCUGCAUGAUCUGAAACAGACAUCAUCUUUGGGUAAGCUACUAACACAUCUCAUUAAAGGCCAUCUGCUCCGUUCAUCUCUCAUCUGGAUCACAUCAAGACCUGCAGCAGUCAAUCAGAUCCCUUCUCAUUACGUAGACAAGUGGACUGAAAUACGUGGAUUUAAUGACAUCCAGAAGGAUGAGUACUUCAGCAAGAGAAUGGCAAAUAGUCAUACUGACAAGAUCAUUUCACAAAUCAAGACAAGAUGCAGCCUCUACAUCAUGUGUCACAUACCAGUCUUCUGUUGGAUCCUUGUCUGUGUGCUUCAGGACAUGCUGACUCCCAAUUCUAAAAUGGAAAUACCAACAACCAUGACUGAACUCUUCAUCCACUUCCUACUCAUAGAGACUAACAGGAAGAACCAGAGAUGUUUUGGCCAAAGUGAAACCAACAGACGGGAGCUCCUGAAGAGACACAAGGAACACAUACUGAGAUUGUCUGAACUGGCUUUUAAGCAACUGCAAAAGGGCAACAUCUUGUUUAGCCAAAAGGAUCUUGCAGAAAGUGGCAUUGUUGACCAUGCCAUUGAAGAACACUCUGAAAUGUGCACACAGAUCAUCAAGAAAGACCGUACUUUCUAUAAAACAACAUUCUACUGCUUUGUUCAUCUGAGUGUCCAGGAGUUUCUGGCAGCUCUCCAUGUGUUCCAUUGUUUUGUGAGUAAGAACUAUAAGGUGCUCGAACCCUUUUCAGAGCAGAUGUGUGCACUUUCCAACCAACCAGUUGCCCAAACAACCAGUUCCCAACCAGAGGACAUGCUGAAGAGCACAAAUAAAUCAGUCUACACAAGUCAUGGAGAAGACUUCAGUCUUUUUUUAAACCCAGAGUUCCUCACAAAUACAAGAUGUUGGGAGGAGAGGAGAGGCCUGAAGAUUCCCACAAAGAGGGUUUCUGUCAAAACAAGAUGCCAUUGCAUGUUCUGUUCAAUGGAGCAGUGGACAAAUCCUUACAGUUUGACAGUGGGCACUAUGAUCUUUUUCUGCGCUUCCUUCUGGGAAUAACACUGGAGUCCAAUCAAGACCUGCUGGGAGGCUUACUUCCACAGAUAAAGGAAAGUUCAGCAAGUCUCGAGACAACCACCAAGUACAUCAAGGGCAUUCUUAGUGAGGAUGGCCAUUCAGUUGAGAGAUGUCUGAAUCUGUUCCUCUGUCUACUUGAAAUGAAGAACAACUCAGUUUCUGAGGAAAUUGAACAGUAUGUAAUAUCUGGGAAAGAACUCACACCAGCCCAGUGUUCAUUACAGGCAUACAUACUUCUAAUGUCAGAGGAAGUAUUGGAUGACUUCAAUCUGACAAUGUACAGAACAUCCCAGGAGGGUCGCAAAAGAUUUCUCAUUGUGCUGAGGAGCUGCAGAAAGGCUCGAUUGAAGGGCUGUGGUCUC